UAUUUACUCCUGAACACCUUACUUCCGGUUUUUCGGACAAAGGAGAACUUUUCAUUAAAUGAAUGCUUUUUAGCUAUGAUUGACAUUUAAUUUGAGCUUCAACGUAAAAGUUGUGAUUAUUUGAGCGAAAAAAUGGCAGAGAAUCCAGGGGCGAGUGAAAUAAUCUAUAUACAGCUCUCCAGCCCAGGAGAAUCAUUUCCUCAAGACAUCAACAAUGUGGUUAUGUCUUCAUCAAAUAUUGGGAACAUUGCUAUACCUAUUGGAACCGUGUCUCCAGAAACUGAGGACAUCACAGACCAGAUUACCGGGGAUGUCACAGGUGAAGAAAGUCCAGUCCCCUUACAAAAUGAUGGCCAGGAAUCCACGACACAGGCCCCCGGGCAGGGGUUAUCAAUCACAGAAACAAACAACAAUGCUCUCUUCACGGGAGGCGACCUAGGUGCAGUAGACCUGCCUGUUGCAGUUGCGACUAAUGUGGACCAACUGCCACAAGAGACUCCCCAGGUAGCCGAGCCCACGGUAACAGAAGAGGUAACGCAAGGUGUGAUUGGUAUAACACAUGCUGAUGGUCUUCUUAGUGUAGAUAUUCCUUUAUCAGAAGUCAUGGCUGAUCCGUCUACGACUCAAACAACUGUAGUUAAGACUGAAGCCAUUGCUGAACCAUCUACCACACAAAUGGUCGUAGUUAACACAGCAGAAGAAACGCACCCAACAAAUACAGACAUUCAUGAAAUGAGUAUCGCACCCAUUGUGACAAAUGCUGAAGUCACUCCAUCAAAUCCUCAACCGAAGAUAAUCUUAAAGACAACACAGGUGUCACCAAGCCAUGCAUCACCUGAGAAAAACGUCACCAUCCCUUCAGGGAUAAGGAUACAGACGUACCUUGAUGAUCAGGUGGCGUAUAAGAUAACAACCAGUGAUGUAACAGAGGCCAUUUCUGCCGUAAGAACCACUUCCUCCAAGGUAAACACAACAAAACCAUUCAAACCAACAACAGCAACAAGUAAACCCACUCACCAACUGGUUGUGACCUCCAUGGGUCUCGUGAGAAAGGCCCUCAUUCCAGACUCUCCCCCGGCCGAUUCUGUAGCUACAGCUCCUAAGAUAGUGUCGCCGGUCAAAGUCACCAAGAAAACAAAUUCCGUUCCAACCAUAUCAGAGAGCACAAUACAGACGUUCACAGUGACAGAGACACAUCCCACCACCGUACCACUGAUUCCAGAAAACGAGAUGAUCCCAAGUUCUCAGAUAGAACAUCUCCAGGGGGAAUCUAACAAGGGAGCGAAGGAGUCUGAUAAACAACAGGAGAGUACGGAAAACAUGGAGGUAGGCAGCUACACCACCAUAGAACCACUGAAAAAAGUGAAGGAGGAACCCAAGACUGUGGACGAGAUAGCUUCUCCAACAAGAAAGAGUUAUAGGGCACCGAAGAGGAAGGUUGUUACAGACUAUGAAGAGAUCGGCGGAGCUCAGGAAGAUGAGCCAGCACCUGUAAAGAAAAAAGCCAAGACGGUGACAGUCACGGCACCGGCUAAAAAACCCGCCAAAGGAAAGCGGGGUCGUAAGCCGAGCGCUAAGGCCGGGAAACUGACGGUGGAGGAGGUGUACAAGAGUGGAGACGACGCAGAGGAAGACGAAGAGAAUGACUUCCUGAAAGUUUGUAUGAUUAAAUGUGACUUAUGUGACAAACACUUCCUGGACAAGAAGAAGUUAGCUCUUCAUAAAAGACAGGCACAUAAGAAUAAGCGGGCCCCCCGAGGUUCGGGCAAGGAACAUAUUUGUGAAGUUUGUGGUUACGUGUUUAAAAGACGCGAACACUGGCGUCGACACAAAGAAGUUCAUCAGAGGUCAAGACCCCAUACUUGUGAGGUGUGUAACAAGACAUUCAAACGUGCUGAGCACGUUAAGCGACAUCAAAGUGUUCACUUAACAACUAAACCUUUUCCCUGUUUGGAGUGCGAAAGCGCCUUUACCAGGCCAGAUCAUCUUACAAAGCAUAUGUUACUUCACAGUGAUCCAAAAGGUUACAGACAGAGGCAGCAGGCAAAGAAGAAGAAAGGAAAGGCAGGAAGGGGGAGACCCAAGGGAAAGGGCAAUAAAAUGAUUAAGACCAUGCCUAGAGGUCGUGGAAAGGUCACAGUUCAGCUAAGAGCUACCGUCAAGUCCAAGAAUGAGGAGGAUUUUGAGUAUGGAGAUUUUGAGGAAGAGUUUCAGGAUUUAGAGACUGAUGAAGGAGAUCUUCUGUCAACUGACGAGGAGGAGGCUGGGUAUAACGAAGCUAAAGAUAGCGGGCCAUUGGAGAAGGUUUACUGAAAAGGAGCCAAUCAAAUGUCGACAAAAAACCAAACAUGCGUUUAACCUAGGAAAGGUUUACUGAAAAAGGAGCUAAUCAAUUAUCAGGAAAACAAUAUUCACAUUCAACUUAAUGUUAUAAAUUACAAGUAUCCUAGUGAGGACUCAUUUAAAAUGUUAUCAUUUAGUGAAGCUACUGUAUGUCAUAAUCAUGUUGAAAAUGAAGAGAAAGAGAUCUGAAUACAAAUAUUAUACAAUGAUGAAGUAAUUAG